AUGUAUACUGUGUUCAGCCCAGGAGGCAAGGAUUGCGUGGGAGUGGAAAGGAAGUCGCAGCUUGUCGGGGUAUUCGACACGAAGGGCAACGGCGUUGUCUUUGACGAGGACGGCGCGACGAGGCUGUCCUACAAUCAGAUUGGCGGAAUUUGGAGGGACAAUCCGACAGGACCGCCGCUCCUGUGGAAAUGGGACGUAGACGAAAAGAACUCGGUAGUCAAGACUGUGUACGCGGAAAAAUCGGCAGUCCGCAUAGAAAAGUUCCUCCCUCCGCGGGUCUCGUCCCCAUUAAAGAGUUCCAGAAGCGGCAAACCAUCGACGUUGUCUGCGAGCCCGCGAAAUAAGGAAAAGAAGGUCGUGAAACAGAAACCUGUUGUCCCGGCCCACAACGAUGAAGAAGAAGAGGUCGGGUCCGGGCACGAUGUUCCUUGCGAUUAUACCAAAGACACCUAUUCGCUGAAAAUGAUAUGCAUGAAACUAACUGACUACAUCAGCUUACGGAUCUUAAAUCGAAGGGAAAUUUAUCUCCGAUUUUUUGCAAAUGGAAAAACUAUUAGGAUAGAAUUAGGUACAAUUCUGAAUUUCAACAAGGAAGUAGCGUCGUACUUUGUGGAUACGAGUGUGAAAGACGCCAUGUUGAAAUGCAAAUUCGAUGACCUGUUAACUUCUCAUUUCGAACCAGACGACAGUUUACAUGACUUAGCUCAAGAAUUACGGAAGGUUAGAAAAUCAGGCAGACAACGCAAACUUAUGAUUAAAAAGUAUAAGCCGUACCUGUCUGUAUGGAAUAGUUUAAAAACUAGAUGUCGUCCAUGA